CUCUUGCAACUCUGGCCAUGAAGCGCACUUCAUACUGUGUGGUGAACAGUUGGAGCAGAUCCCGGUUGACAGCGGCAGACCAUCCAUCUGUACUCGGCCCAGUGGCUUGAGGAGUCCAGCCCAGAAUGAGUGGUUGAAUGCUUUAAGACGCCUGCCGAUGCCAGCGGAAGGUGACCUCAAGGACCUCUCCGAAUUUCGCAUGCUGCUUGGUGCAAAGCUGCAUGGAAAGUUCAGAGGCAUCGUGGUCUGUGAUGCCACCGCCGGCUAUGGCAUGGCAGCUAGGCCGUGUAUCGACAAGGUGGCCCAGCAAUGGCUUUCCGACACCUUUGCAGAGGAUGUGGAUGUGGUUUCGAGCCUCGAAUUAGCUGGCCUGCUAGAGAAGCGCAGUAUCGAGGAUCGCCAUCGGCUGGUGCUGCUAUUGGUCCAAGAGCCUCAUGCGUGGGUGGCAAGAGCACAGCUCGGAGGCUUUUUUGGUGUCUUUCUGGCGCGCCAGACACGCUCUGGGGAAGACUUGGUGUUUGUGGGAGCCAGCCUCAGAUGCAGCACAUUUUCGUCUUCCGGAAACUGGUCGGGAUUGUUCGUCGGUAUCCCUAUUCUCACGGAUUUCAAUCCUCCUACGAUUGGUCAAACACCCAGUGCCAUGAAAACCUGGUGCUCUGCGAGUAAUCGCUGCCGGCCAGGUUUGGAGGAAGCCUCGAAACUGGCCAACUGGUUGAGAGGGCCUGUGGAGUGUGCAGGCAACGUUCACAGCCAGGGGCUGAUGUUGGGCUCUCAGGGGCCAAGCUACCAGGGCAUCUACUGCAGGCACGUCCAGGCCGAGCCAAUCGGCAAUCUGACAGCCAGCACAGUUGAUAGACAUGAUAUGACAUGA